CUCGGCCCGGCGAGGACAAAGGCGCGGCUGGGGACGAGGAGGAGGGGGCCUGUUAUUUUGCAGGCUCGCGGGGGAGGCCCCCCGGCCGGCCUGCCUCCGCUUCCCCCCGCUGGACCCUCCGAGGCUCCGGCCGGCCAGGCGGCCACCCCGGCUGUGAUUCGGGGACGCUGAGGGAGGGGGCUUGGGGUGCUGGGCGCCGGAUACUGUUGAUUCGGGCCCGCGUAAGGGUUUCAUCGGACAAUCACCGGCGCCCCCUGCUCUCCCGGCCCCGGCGCCCGGACCUGGGGGUUCGCAAGGCUGCGCCCGCUCGUUGGAUGACGGGCGUUUGGGGGUCCUAAGGUGAAGAGCAAGAGUGAGCCAUGGAGCUACGUGUGGGGAACAAGUACCGCCUGGGACGGAAGAUCGGGAGCGGGUCCUUCGGAGAUAUCUACCUGGGUGCCAACAUCGCCUCUGGUGAGGAAGUCGCCAUCAAGCUGGAGUGUGUGAAGACAAAGCACCCCCAGCUGCACAUCGAGAGCAAGUUCUACAAGAUGAUGCAGGGCGGCGUGGGGAUCCCGUCCAUCAAGUGGUGCGGAGCUGAGGGUGACUACAACGUGAUGGUCAUGGAGCUGCUGGGGCCUAGCCUCGAGGACCUGUUCAACUUCUGUUCCCGCAAAUUCAGCCUCAAGACGGUGCUGCUCUUGGCCGACCAGAUGAUCAGCCGCAUCGAGUAUAUCCACUCCAAGAACUUCAUCCACCGGGACGUCAAGCCCGACAACUUCCUCAUGGGGCUGGGGAAGAAGGGCAACCUGGUCUACAUCAUCGACUUCGGCCUGGCCAAGAAGUACCGGGACGCCCGCACCCACCAGCACAUUCCCUACCGGGAAAACAAGAACCUGACCGGCACGGCCCGCUACGCUUCCAUCAACACGCACCUGGGCAUUGAGCAAAGCCGUCGAGAUGACCUGGAGAGCCUGGGCUACGUGCUCAUGUACUUCAACCUGGGCUCCCUGCCCUGGCAGGGGCUCAAAGCAGCCACCAAGCGCCAGAAGUAUGAACGGAUCAGCGAGAAGAAGAUGUCAACGCCCAUCGAGGUCCUCUGCAAAGGCUAUCCCUCCGAAUUCUCAACAUACCUCAACUUCUGCCGCUCCCUGCGGUUUGACGACAAGCCCGACUACUCUUACCUACGUCAGCUCUUCCGCAACCUCUUCCACCGGCAGGGCUUCUCCUAUGACUACGUCUUUGACUGGAACAUGCUGAAAUUCAUGCGGCCCCCUACCUGCCAACCCCCUGCCCUUCCCUGUGGACGGCCCCAGGAUGAACUAGGGUGCAGCCCGGAACCCCGAGGAUGUGGACCGGGAGCGGCGAGAACACGAGCGCGAGGAGAGGAUGGGGCAGCUACGGGGGUCCGCGACCCGAGCCCUGCCCCCUGGCCCACCCACAGGGGCCACUGCCAACCGGCUCCGCAGUGCCGCCGAGCCCGUGGCUUCCACGCCGGCCUCCCGCAUCCAGCCGGCUGGCAAUACUUCUCCCAGAGCGAUCUCGCGGGUCGACCGGGAGAGGAAGGUGAGUAUGAGGCUGCACAGGGGUGCGCCCGCCAACGUCUCCUCUUCAGACCUCACUGGGCGGCAAGAGGUCUCCCGGAUCCCAGCCUCACAGGUGAGCUGCCCCCCUGCCAGUCCCUCUGGGCCUCAGAACUGAGUUAGAGACCCCCCAGUGGGAGGUCAGGCCGUGGCUCUGUUCUUCCCUCUCCAUCGACGCUGCUUGCCUUGGAGUGAACCCCUUCUGUUGAGCCGGGACUUGGCCUCGUUUAAUCCUCUGAGGUCUGAUGAGCCCUCUUGAGCAGAGUCAUUGACCAAGGCUCAGGGCAGUAACAUUCCCUGGCAAGUGGCACAGCUGGGCUCCAGUCCUCGCUGCCAGGGGCCCAGAGAUGAGGUGUUGCUGCUCCCUGACAUCAGGGAGCCCCCAGGAGCCCCUGUGAGCAUUGGCAAGAGCAUGGGGUGUAGGGGCGGUGAGGUCCCAUCCUCUUUGGGGCUAUGUUUGGAUGGGGACACUUGGGAAGGGGGAAUCUGUAGUUGCCCAGGGCAGGUGGCCUGGCAGAGGUGGGUGGGAGCCCUGCCCUCGUCCUCCUGCCUGUGGGCGAGGAGGGAGUCCUGCGAGAGAACCCUCACUGGCCAUCUACUUAGGUAGCAGGUUUGCCUCCCUGGGCAACGUUCUUAGCUACAGACAGGGACAUCUUAGAGUCACUGGAAUCACACAGGCCUUCCCUCAGCUUGAGGGGCUGCCUGGAGGUGGGGGUGGGGGUACACCUCCUCAGUGGGGAGAGACUUGCCAAAUCUCCAUCGCCAGCGGCUAAGGGACUUGACUUGAAGCUUGUCCCUCCCUCUCUCUCCCUCCCCACCCUCAAAAGACAAGUGUGCCAUUUGACCAUCUCGGGAAGUGAGGAGAGCCCCCAUUGGACCAGUGUUUGCUUAGGUGAGUCCAUGACUGCUGCAGAUGCAGCCAGCCCAGCCGACCUAGAAGCUCCCAGGGCCCCAGAAAGAGACCAAUGUGUUGUGGAGGGGUGGGUGGCAGUGGCAGUGGAAGAUGGUACCAGGCGCCCCAGAACUCUAAGGGGCCUCAAGUAGUUUAAAACCUCGGAGGCUGCCUGACUUGGGGCCAAAGGUUUCUCUGCUCAGGCCUGACCCCUCAUGGAUUAGUUUCUGCGGGGAAAACUUUUUCUGCCCUCGGCCAGGUCUCUAUCUCCUUCUGCCUUAACAUAUUUUGGAAGGUUGGUUCCCAGCAGAGACGGGGCCAUGGGCUCACACUCUGACCUCUCCCACGGCAUUAGCCCUGUCUCAGCCUCUGGGCUGUUACGCAAGUUAAUUCCUGCACAAGACUCACAACAGGGCUGUGGAGGAAGCAAAGGAGCCCUUUUUAGGCCUCUGUAGUAGGACUGAGAGAGGCCCUCUGGCCAGCGUGAGCCUGCUGGUUCUUCCCGGACUGCACCAGGCCUUGAGGCGGGGUAUGGAAAUGCCCCACUCUGGGGCCUGGCUUGGGGAAUGGGAGGCGGCAGGGGUUCUUUGGGCUUCUCGAGGGUAUAAUCUGAGCUCUCUGGGGAACGUGUGUCCAUUUGUAGGCAGUAGUCCGACACGUCAGGGGACUCGACUUUACACUGGGACAAUCUGUGUGUGGUCUGUUUUGUAGAAAUUCAUCCACACAAGAGAGUGGAGGCAUGAACAGGGCUGGCCUUCCUCGGAUCUCAGGCCCAGGAACCAAGCUGUCCAUGGCGGGCUGGGCAGAUAUUUGGGGGUGGGGUGGGGAGAUGCUCACCAGGAGGGCAGAGAAGGGAGAGAAUCCGUUUCUGUCACAUGAAGAUGGAUCUCCUAGCGUGCUGGGCCUUGAGCCGGGCUCUGGGGCCCAGAGGGAGAUAGACCAAGGGACGAGAAGACAGGAAUUUGGGGGGCCAAGUGCAGUGGCUCGCACCUGUAAUCCCAGCACUUUGGGAGGCCCAGACAGGUGGGUCACUUGAGGUCAGGAGUUUGAGACCAGCCUGGCCAACAUGGUGAAAACCCAUCUCUACUAAAAACACAAAAAUUAGCCGGGUGUGGUGGCACACACCUGUAAUCUCAGCUACUCGGGACGCUGAGACAGGAGAAUCGCUUGAAUCUGGGAGGUGGAGGUUGCAGUGAGCCGAGAUCGUGCCACUGCACUCCAGCCUGGGGGACAGAGCGAGUCUCCAUCUCAAAAAAAAAAAAAAAAAAAAAAAAGUAGCCAGAGAGACAGCUGUGUACCUCACCUG